AUGCUGCAUCUUGAGUUUCAGUAUCGUCUUUAUGUGAGCAUCAGAAACAAGCUAUGGCGCGUUCAUUGCCAACUCUUGUUACAACCUUGUGUUUGGCCCUCCAUAUCCAGUCAUGUACUUGUGGCGAGGCUGAGAUCAUCGGAGGGAAGAAGGUGAAGGCUCACUCUCUGCCCCACAUGGCUCUCCUGCUGAACAGCACCGGGGAGCCCGUCUGCGGGGGGACCCUCCUCUCUUCCAGAUGGGUGCUGACCGCGGCCCACUGCGCUGACAUAACCAUGGUGUACCUUGGGGUGAACUCUAUUAAGAAGAGCCAGAAGGAUAAGUCCGUUCAGGUCCAGAAAGUUUUAAAGCCUUACCUCCAUCCCCGUUUUAACUGGGACAAGAAGGUCAAUGAUCUCCAGCUGAUAAAGCUCGACCAAGAGGCGAAGCCGACCAAGACCGUAAAGUAUUUGCCAUUGGCAAAUGUAAUCCCAGACCCCAAGGAAGGAACCAAAUGUGUGGUUGCUGGUUGGGGGGCCGUCAGCCUCAAGAAGCUCAAAAUGUCGGAUGUCCUUAUGUCCGCCGAUGUCGCUGUUAUCAAAAGAGAAACGUGCAACUCGCCCAAGUAUUACAAUUCCAACCCUGUCAUCACUCCUGACAUGGUAUGUGCUGGAACACUAGGAAAGAAAUGGCUUAAGAAAAAAAAGGAUACCUGUACGGGAGACUCUGGAGGACCUCUGAUGUGCAACGGUGUGCAAAUAGGAAUCACUUCCUUUGGCGAAAGCUGCGGUGUUAAGACCAAACCAGGAGUGUAUACCUUUCUUUCCAAAGAACACAUUGCCUGGAUAAAGGGCACAAUGCGUAAAUCUGAGUUCUUCUGAAACAUCUGCAACUCAUUUAUGUCAAAUUGAUCCUAAUUGUAUUGGUUUUUUUGGGAUAAUGAUUUGGAUGAAAUGUGUGCUACACUCAAUAGUUGUGUAGUCUAUUAAAGGUUUGGACAGUC